AUGGUUAUGAAAAAAUCAAAAUCAAAAACAAAUAAACCAAACAAAGCAAAUAAAAAUAAAAAUAAAAAUUAUAAUAAUAAUACAUCUGAAGAUGUAGAACAAUUAGAUCAAUUAGAUAUCAAUGAACAAUUAGAUUCUCUUUUUGAGAAUAUUAAUAAUAAUAAUAAUAAUAUUAAUAUUAAUAUUAUUAAUAAUAAUAUUGAUAUUGAUAUAAAUAAUAAUAAAAAUUAUAUUAAAAUUAUUGAAUUUAAGGAUUUAAAAAAAUUUAAUUAUUUAAUUCCAUCAGAUCAAACUAGUAUUUGUGGUUUUGUUAAAUAUUUAAUUGCAUUAAAAAAUAACGGAAGUAGAGAAGCAGCAAUAAUCUUUGAAGGUAUAAAGAAUUUUGAAAGAUUUAAAGAGCUUUACGUCAAAUACUUUUUUAUCGGUGGUAAGGAAAAUAAAAAUAAGAAUAAAUGGAGUAAAUUGCGUGUCGAUCAAAUUGGUGAGAUGUUUAAUCAUCUUGGCUUGGCGUUAACCUGUUGUGAUGAAGUGAUCUCCUUUAAAGGUUCUUUAAUGAGUGAGCUUAUAAGUUUGGCAUGCACAAUUAGUAACAAUAGCUUGUAUAAGAAAUAUCAUGAACAAAUCUUUGUCUUUUUGGCAUCUUAUUUCAAACAAGAAAGGAAAAACCAAGAAUGUGAACUCUAUUGUAUCACCGGCUUAAAGUAUUUCCCAAACAAUGAUAAUUUCCAUUACAUUCGUGCUUUCAUCCAUUUCGAUCAAAUCACUUCAAAACAAUGCUACGCCGAUUGUAAAUCUGGUUUAAAAAUAAAUCCAAACCAUUUGGGUUUAUUAUUUAUCAAGGCCGGUGUAUUGUUAGACUGCAGAGCCUCAACUGCUGAUCCGAUCAGCCAAGUACUCGCUCACUAUGUUUAUAUUAACAAGGCUCACUAUGAUCACCAAUGUGUUCCUGAAGUUUUUUUUUAUAUUGGUAUGCUAUCAAUAAACGAAUUGGAUAAAUUCCAGCUUGCAAUUAAAAUCUAUAGAUACGCUGUUCAACUUGAAAGAGUUGCAAUCUAUCCAAAUUCUAGUAGAUUAAGAAUGGGAAAAAAUACACUCGAACAAAUUUUAUUAUCACAUAAAGUAACUUGGGAAAUGUUAAGUGAUCCUGAAGAUAUUGAAUAUCAUUCUCCUGAGAAACCACCCGCAAAUACACUUUUGGAAAAUAAAGAUAAAAAACAACUUGAUGAAAAACAUAAUAAUAAAAUUAAAGAACAACAACAACAACAACCAGAAACAACCACAACAACCACAAAUAUGGAUUUGAAUAGUAAUGAUUGUUCUAACAAUGAAGUAUUAAAUAAUAAAAAUAAUAGUGGUAGUAGCAGUAGCAGUAGCAGUAGCAGUGGUAGUAGCAGUAGUUGUAGUGGUAGUGGUAGUAGUUGUAGUUGUAGUAGUUGUAGUAGUAAUAUUAAAAUAAAUGAUGAAAAACCAUAUAAAAUAACAUUAAUUGAAGAUAUUUAUUUUGUUUUUGAUGAAAAUAGUGAGGAUUUAAAAUUGGAACAAAAAAUUAAAGAUAAAAUUCAACAAAUUAAUCGUUUCCAAGAAAAAUUUUAUGCUAACAUUAGAGAAUUUCAAAAAGAGGAAAUUAAUAAACUUUUACUUAUUUUACAAAAUCAAAAAAUAAGUCGACAACAAGAAGAACAACUUAAAAAAAGACAACAACAACAACAACAAAUGGAAGAACAAAAGUUACUACUUGAACAACUACAAUUGAUACAAACAACCACAUCAACAACAGCAAAUACAACAAUCAUACCACCCCCACAACAACAACAACAACAACAACAACAACAACAACAACAACAACAACAACAACAACAACAACAACAACAACAACAAGAAGAAGAACAACAAGAAGAACAACAAGAAGGAGAACAACAACUACAAGAAAAACAACUACAAGAACAACUACAAGAACUACAAAAACAACUACAAGAAGAACAACUACAACAAGAAGUAGAAGAACAAGAAGAAGAAGAAAAUGAAGAAAAAGAAAAAGAAGAAGAAGUAGAGGAGCAAGAAGAAGAAGAAGAACAACCACAACAACAAGAAGAAGAAGAAGAAGAAGAAGAAGAACAACAACAACAAGAAAAACAAGAAAAACAACAAGCAGGUCAAACAAUACAAGAAUUACUAAAAGAAGAACCAUUACAAAUGCAACAACAAUAUCUACAAGAAACAAACGAAAACCAACAGCUUUAUAAUAUUAGUUGUGGAGAUAAAACUAUAACGUAUUAUUCUUUACUUGAUGAAAUUGAUUAA